AUGCUAAUCGAUGAUUUGAGAGGACGAGCAAUUAAUUUGAGAAACUUUGCAGCACACAAAAAACAAGUGUUGUGUUCGAGGAUUGGUAGAAAAUCUGGUCAAAUAUUUGCAACCGGAAGUGAAGAUGCUAUAGUAAAAGUAUGGCAUGCUGCCAAUGAUGAGCCCUUAAUGUCUCUGAUUGGUCAUAAAAGUCCAAUUACUUGUCUCGCUUUUAAUAAUACAGAAGAUUUACUUAUUGCUGCUGCUGAAUCCGGUUCAAUCAGAUCAUGGGAUUUAAAUUCUGGACAACAAUUAAAUCACUCCAGUGCAAUUUAUGUAAAUGGACAUCGUGCAAGUGUUACUUGUAUUGACUACCAUCCUUUUGCUAAUUAUUUCGCAACAGGUUCUCUUGAUACAAAUUUAAAAGUUUGGGAUGUUAAGGAGAGGAAAGCUGUUCAAACAUACAAAGGUCAAGUAGAAAAGGAGGCUGUUACCGUAGUAAAAUUCACUCCUGAUGGAAAAUGGAUUGUAACAGGUUGUGAGGAUGGUUUUCUCAGAGUUUAUGAUGUUAUUGCUGGAAAAUUAUUCUACCAAACACAAGCUCACAGAAAUGCUUUGACUUGUAUGGACUUUCACCCAUCUGAUUUCUUGGUUGCUACAGGCAGUUUAGAUAGAACUGUUUCAGUUUUCAAUAUUGAUGGAGGAGUUGAUAUGGUUUCUCGUUCUGAUAUUUUCCCUUCUGCAAUCAAGUCUGUGCAAUUUAGUCCAAAUGAGGGAUCUGUUAUCUUAUCAAUUUGCAAUGAAGGACUGAAAGUUCACAGUUGGAAGAGUGAGAAUAUGCGUUGUAUUGACAAUGUAGAUGCUAGAUGGAGUGAUGUUGGAGAUGUAUAUUUACAUCAAGGAUUGAAUCAAGUAUUUACUGUUGCAAAUAAUCCUAAUAUCAAUGGAUAUGUUGGUGUUUGGGUUAUUCCAGUCGAUUCUGUAAAGCCUUGGUAUACUGGUAGUGGAGAUGAUAAUAAGAAGGUAAUUCUUUCACCUCAGAUUACUCAGGAGAGUUUCAAUGAAAACCUCAAUAGUUCAACUGAGGAUGUACUGAAUGAAAUUAGAAAUAGAAAGCCUGUUAGUAUAUCUACAACUACAACAAAUAAUGGAGAAGUAUUUACGGUAACAAAAGUAUCAGGCGAAGGAAGGAGAACUCCUCAAUUAGGAGGACAAACACCUGAGGUUGCAAUUGUCUCUGCAAAGAGAAAGGAGCCAGCAAAUUUAGAUAUUGAUAACUUCCUUCCAAAAGGAGAAGUAAUUACAGAGAUUAGUGACGAGGAUAUCAUUAAUGGCAUUAUGAAGUCGCAUCAAAAGAUGGCUGUUGCAAUGACAAAUAGAUUAAAUAAUCUCAAGAUUGUGAGAAGAACGUGGAUUGAUCAAGGUGAUCCAAAGGAAGCCAUUAAAGCUAUGGCCAAGAUGAAAGAUCUUCCAUUAGCUUCAGAUAUGUUAAACGAGUUACUUCGUCCAGAAGCCAAGAAGAAUAUAUCUCUUGAUAUGUGUGUAUAUUUACUUCCAAUAAUUAUCGAGCUCGUUCAGGAAAAUUAUGAAGAACAUAUUUCGACAGCACUGAAAAUAACUCAUUUACUCCACAAUUGUUUUGCUCAAUUAAUUGAAGAUAAUCUUCAACUUGCAAACAGUAAUGCUCAAAUUGAUAUUAAUUUGGAGGCAAGAAUUUCUAAAUGCCAAUCCUGUAAGAAAUACUUUGGAGAAGUUAAGAGGAUAAUUAUUGGAAGAUCAGCUGACUUUUCUCAAUUAACAGAUUUGGCAUUACUAUCAAGGAGAGUUGUCAAAUCAAUUAAAUAA